AUGCCCGCAGGCGUCAUCGCAUCGGUGCCGGACAGGCCGACAGGGGUUUCUUCCGACCCACAACCACCACCACCACCCCAGGCAUUUCGAAAUGCACCACCCUCGCAGCCACCCACCAGUUUGUGCCACCACGAUUAUCGGACAACCCUCACCGCCUCACUGGAGCCGUCAACACGAGACCUGGAGAUGGAGAGGAGACACCGGCCACGGGAGCGAACACAACUCGACCGGAGGGAGGGGACUGCCUCCACCGCCGCAGCGGAGCCGACCGGACGCGGCGACAAGGACUUGCCGGGCCACGCCGGCCCGGCCGGGCUCACUGGACCCGAACAGUCCUGUCACCACGUUGCAGCACGCCGACCAACGGAGUCCUCACCGCCAGAGACCGCCGCCACCACGCCACCACCAGGGAACGUCGCCGCGGAACGCCGGGCCACCGGCCCGCCCCAACCCAGAUGGGCCCCAAAUGGGCCCAGAUCUGGGUUGGGCGGGCGCCGCCCCACGGCCAACGGCCGCACCGCCGCGUCGAGAGCCACCGGGCCCGCGGCACCUCCACCAACGGGCCGCACCGAAGCCGGCCGAGGAGCACCGCCGCCAGCAACGACCGUCUGA